AUGCCAGCGAACGAUAAGUUAGAACUUAGCGCCACACAUUCAGACAUCACAGUUUUGCAAGAAAAGGGUUUCAUCCUCGAGAAAAUAAUCGGAGAAGGCUCGUAUGCUAAAGUGUUUAAAGCUACACACAUGGUUGAUGAAACCCGGCACACUGUAAUGGCCUGUAAAGUUAUUGACACAGCGCAGGCGCCGCGCGACUACUUAACAAAGUUCUUGCCACGUGAACUAGAUGUGCUAAUUCGAGUCAAUCAUCCGCACAUUGUUCACGUGUCCAAUAUAUUCCAGCGUCGCGCUAAGUACUUUAUUUUCCUUCGAUUUGCCGAGAACGGAGAUCUAUUGGAUUUCCUAACGCAGAACGGUGCCGUCCCUGAGAACCAAAGCAGACUCUGGAUGCGUCAAAUUCUAUCGGGGCUACAUUAUAUCCACACGUUGAAUAUUGCACAUAGAGAUUUAAAGUGUGAAAACAUUUUAAUCACUGCUAAUUAUAAUGUGAAAAUAACAGAUUUUGGUUUCGCCCGCAACGUGAGGCAACGGGACCGAGACGUACUCAGUGAAACGUAUUGCGGCUCGUUGUCGUACGCUGCACCCGAAGUGUUAAAGGGAGUGCCCUAUCUACCAAAAUUGGCGGAUAUGUGGUCAACCGGGAUAAUUAUGUAUACGAUGCUUAAUAAAGCGCUCCCGUUUAACGAAACUUCAGUCAAGAAAUUAUAUGAAAAACAGGUGAUGCGGAAGUGGCGGUUCCGCACGGGUAUUGUGAACCAACUCUCUUCGGAAUGCAAACAACAAGUAACGCAGUUAAUGGAACCCGAGGCGAAAGCAAGGCCCACCGCUGGCAGCAUGUUUAACGGGCCUUGGAUCAAUAUGGACCCUAGGCUCACGAAAUUCACGUUCUUGGAAGAAUCAUUAUUAAAGCAGGCACAAGAAGAGACACAGAGACGAGAACAAGAGCACUUCGAGGAAGAGAGUGAGGUGGAACGACUUGCAGAACUGCGGCGCAAAGGAAGAGGGAAAGAGGGCCUAAAAAUAUUGAAAAACGCCGAUUCAAACUUUGCAAAAUCACAUCAUUUGUUCGAGGAGAGAGAAUAAAAGACAAAAAUGAUCAAUCAGUGUUUAUUAAUUUUUACAAGUAAUUAUUGAUGAAUUUAAGUUAUUGUAAAAAUUAUUUAAUAUAUUUAUUGUAUAAACAUGUUCUGUUGUAUUAUUUUAAAUGGAUUAUAUAAAGUUCAACACUUACAUUCUAUUAGUAUAUAUUACAUUACAUUUCUAUGGAAGACAAGGGUUCAUUAUAUUGGGCAUUUCGAUCGCACAGUCAUUUGGCACACUUGGUAGGAACAGGAACGUGGAUCGUCAUUACAUGUAUUAAUUUAAUACAAAAAUCACAUGGAACAAACAACGUUUAAAACUUCAAAUGAAAGUAUAGAUGUGAAAUUGUUUAAUGUACAUAAACAAUAUGUGUAUAUUACAAUAUGAAUUCAUGUUAUCUGCUACACAACACAAAUUCUACAUAAAUUCAACACAUCAAGCCCAAAUAUAAAAUUUACAAAAUAAAAUUAAUUUGUAAAGAACCCUCGAAAAUGCAUUAUUAUUUUGGUAUUGUGCGAUAAAAUACAAGCAUGCGAUUCAUUCAUGAUUAAUUUAAUUAAUACUUAUUCUCAAUUCAUAAAUACAAUAAUUAAUUAUCAAACACUAACGAUUAAAACUCUUAAAAAACUCAACACGUAUGUUGUUAUAUCUAUCAGACUACCCAUAACAAAUCGAUAUACUCACCAGUAACUAUGCAAUAAAUAGUAGCAGCGAUAAGAAAGAGACCAGUUUUAAUAUUGUCGUUCAUCAGUCGUUUUCUAUCUACUAUCGUUUUAACUAAGUACGCUUGAAAAUUAUAGAAAUAUACACCUCGUUGUAUAAGGAACGUAAAGUAAUAAUUAUUAAUUUUCAUAUUUUUAAAGUUACCAUCGAUAUUUUAAUUAAAUUUUCAUCUUUCCAGAUAUGCAUAUUUUUACGCUCCCUAUUCUGAAAUUUUUCCGCAAAUUUCUGGAAUUUUUAGGUAAAAUAAAUAGUAGUUUAAACUUUAAUUAAUGAUUGAUAUUUGUAGCAACCAAGUUAUAUCCGAGUCUUAUCAAACUUGAUGGAAUGUAUCUGUUAUUAAAUGAAACCUAUUUCUUUUGAUAACUUAUUGUGAUUUUGUGCAAAACUUUUAACAUAGCUUAGCGUUGUUAAACCAAAAUAUGUAAAUUUGUUUUUUAAUUUAUAUUAUUUAUUACCAUCAAACCAAUUAUAAUUAGAUAUAAAAUUUUUGGCAAUUAGACUGGUCCUUAUUUAAACAUGUUUUUCUUAUCUACCAUAAAAUAUCAUUAAUAAAGAGCACAAAAAGCACCACUAACAUGCUGCCAUUAACAUUAAUUUAUCGAAGUUAAAAAUAUUAAUUUAUACCAUAGCACUGCAAAAAUAACCAGAGUUAAGUGUAAGUAUAUUAAGAUACGUGUUUUUUUUCAAAUUCAGAUUCUUUCAAGUACUAAAUAUGCCAGAAUUUAUGGCAAAUGUCAAUAAAUUUAUGAAAUAUUUGUAUAACUCCGGUUUUAUUCUUGGUCAUAUAGAGGAGCAUAAGCUAUUAAAACUACAUCUCCUUGAGAUAUAGACAAAAGUAUUGUACUGGUCCAGUACCACAUCCCACAAAUGGUACUUAUAACUUCCUAUAGGAAACUAUAUUAUGAUUAUGUAUAAAGUCAAAGAUUAGUUUUAGAUGUGUUCAAUUAGAGCAUAAUUUUAUAUUUAAUUAAUACAGAUUUUUCAUUGUUUCUUAAAAUAUAUUAAUUAAUAAUUUAAAUAAGUUAGCACUCGAUAACCAACCAUCAAGCUUUUCUUAAAUUUCAUUUAUAAACUUCAACCGUUUAUACUCAAAUGGCCUAAUGUGAUUUAUUUUAAAGACUCACUCGGACUAAAUACUAUAAAUGAUGCAUUUGUACGUGCGCAUAUGUCAUACGUCAAAACUGGUAACCUGGAGUUAGUGGGAAAAAUAUUUUAUAUAAACUUUUUUCUUAUUAUCUAUGCAAGAAAAACAACACGAACGUUUUCGACCUUUUUUUAAUUACCUCCGAGUAUUGUAUUAGCGUGCUACAACAAUUUUCUUGUGUUAACACAUACAUACACACACACACAC